UGCACACCGCUUUUUCUGUAUAUCAUGACUGAUUCUGUUCCCAAAUUCCCAUCCUCGCCUCGCCUUUGCGGUCCCACUAGGCCUCUUCAAUUGAACAUUAACACUCUUCUCCGAAGUUUCUCGUAUCGAAAGCUGCCUCAGUCUCCCAUUAGGCUCUCCAUUUGCAAGCUCGAUGGUUCUUCCUUCGACGUGGAAGUUGAGAGAAUGGCGAAGGUAGCAGAUCUCAAAGAGGCUGUGGAGCAAGUUUUUAGAGAAUCGAUGCAAGAGAGUGACAUUGAUAUUUCUUGGUCUCAUGUUUGGGGCAAUUUUUGCUUAUGCUAUAAAGACGGUAUAUUAAUAGAUGACAAAGCACUAAUCUGUUUUUUGGGGAUCAAGGAUGGUGAUCAGCUUCACUUUAUCAGGCAUUUAUCACCAAAACCCAAAUUCUAGAAAUGAAGAUCAAUGCACCAAAAAAGGGCUUUUGAUGAACAACUGUGGUAUAAAAUUCUCCACGAGUAGCUUGCGAGGUCAUUGACUUUUCUUCUUGAGGUCAAUGAAGAAUAUUUUGAAAAUUUCUUCAAGGGAUUGUAUGACGAUGUUGCUACCUGAUUUUAUGA